AUGGGAAUUUCUCAAGAGAAUGGCAUUAUCACCACCGAAACGGCCGAGUCACAUCUCGUGGUGGUACGAACGGCGCUUCAAUUCCACACAAGACGUGCUGCGAGGCGCCGCGUGUUGGGGAAUUCGACGCCUGUUUUCCGGGUUCUGCUUAAAAGGUGUGGAUGUGGUCAUUUGGGCAUAAAGCUUCCCAAUGAUGGAGAUCAUUGUCACCGCAAUGCAUGCUUUCAGAAACUUAAUAGAGUACAGGAGAUGACUGUCAGCACUGAAGUGGCAGAGAAUCAACGCGAAUUUGGCGGUGCUUGCAUUGCCAUGGGUGUUUGUGUGAAGAUUGGUCGGUUAGAGGCACUCAACGUUCGCUUGCGGAUCACCGGUACAACAUGGUAG